AUGUAUUACUUCCAACACAGCAUUAGCUGGAUCCUCCUCCUGCUCCUCGCCACCGUUCGUGGUAGACAACACGACAGGCUCAUCACCAGCUUAUCUGCAUUCUCCGACCAUCCCUUCCCCACAAUCACCAUUGAAUCUCCUGAAUUGGGCCCUUCCGGCUCCUAUCUUGACAAAGACCACUCUCAGGAAGGAGAAGGAUACUUUCCAGCGCUCUCAUGGCCAUCUCCUACCGAUGACACCAAGGAGUACCUCCUUGUGAGCGAGGACCCCGAUAGCCCACUGCCCCAAUCAAUCAUCCACGGAAUCUAUUAUGGGAUUCCUCGCGUGUUUACCGGUCUCCAGCAUCCCGACUUUCUCGUUGAAAAUGGAGACAACGAUCCGUUUUUGCUUCGUGGUGGCUUCAGAUUCGGGGAGAACAGAGGGGAGUCGGUAUAUCUUGCACCAAAUCCACCAGCGGGUCAUGGGCCACAUCGUUAUUUCUUUGAGCUCAUUGCGUUGAAUGAGACGAUUGAUCAGGAGCAUCUGAGCGAUCGGGCGACACUGCAGGAGAUUAGUGAGGAAAUUGAGGGAAAGGUUACCGGAUGGGGAGCCUGGGUUGGAUUGUUUGAGAAUAAGUGAGGACAAGCCUUGCCUUCGUCAACCUUCCCUCCAUGGGUAUUUUUUAUCAAGGAUUGCGAGAAU